CAUUGGCGCAGUUUUGCAAAGUGGAAUUUGGGGCAAAUGCUACCUGUUGCAGCUUUUGAAGAAGAUGGAAAAAGCAAUGAGUUAGCCAGAAGCUUAGCAGAAGCAGCAGCUGUUAUAGAUGCCAAAUUGUCAGCGCUCGUCAGGUGUUUGGUAAUCCAUUUGCUAUCAUUUUAUCAAAAGAAUUCAUGGCAACAUGCAGUGACUGAACAUUAUGAGAUGAAGAGAUAUAUGGAACUACUUGAUUAGCAUACAGUAACAAUGAAGCUAUGAUAAAGAAAGAAAGAGAAUAUCAGCUAGCCUUAUGCAUAAUACUCAUAGUGUCGCAUGUAUUGUA